GCCGCCCCGCCGAGGCGCGGGGCGCUGCGGGCCCGCUGACCGCGUCCCCCGAGGGCUUCCCCGCGGCCAUGGCGCCCGCCUGGCCCUGGCUGCUGCUGUGGCUGGGGGUUCUGCGCGCCCUCCCGGCCCCGCCGCGCAUCCGGCUGCCGCUGCGGGGCGGCGCGGCCCCGCCGUCGGGACUCCGGCAGCGCCGGGCGCCGCUGGACACCGAGCCCGACAGCACCGGCAGCUUCGUGGAGAUGAUCGACAACCUGCGGGGCAAAUCCGGCCAGGGGUACUAUGUGGAGAUGACGGUGGGCAGCCCCCCGCAGAAGCUGAAUAUCCUGGUGGAUACAGGGAGCAGUAACUUCGCUGUGGGAGCUGCACCACACCCCUUCCUCCGGAGAUACUACCAGCGGCAGCUGUCCAGCACCUACCGCGACCUGCGGAAGGGAGUGUACGUGCCCUACACCCAGGGCAAGUGGGAAGGGGAGCUGGGCACUGACCUUGUCACCAUCCCCCAUGGCCCCAACGUCACUGUCAGAGCCAACAUCGCUGCCAUCACGGAGUCAGACAAAUUCUUCAUCAACGGCUCCAACUGGGAAGGGAUCCUGGGGCUGGCGUAUGCCGAGAUUGCCCGGCCCGACGACAGCCUGGAGCCCUUCUUUGACUCCCUGGUGAAGCAGACACGGGUGCCCAACAUCUUCUCCCUGCAGCUGUGCGGGACAGGCUUCUCUCCCAACGAGACAGAGGCCGUGGCCUCGGUGGGAGGCAGCAUGAUCAUCGGUGGCAUCGACCGCUCGCUGUACGUGGGGGACAUCUGGUACACCCCCAUCCGCAAGGAGUGGUACUACGAGGUCAUCAUCGUCAAGCUGGAGAUCAACGGGCAGGACCUGAACAUGGACUGCAAAGAGUACAACUAUGACAAGAGCAUUGUGGACAGCGGGACCACCAACCUCAGGCUGCCCAAGAAGGUGUUUGAGGCUGCGGUGAAAUUCAUCAAAACAGCGUCUUCGACGGAGAAGUUCCCAGACGGCUUCUGGCUGGGGGAGCAGCUGGUUUGCUGGCAGGUCGGCACCACCCCCUGGCACAUCUUCCCCGUCCUGUCCCUCUACCUGAUGGGGGAGGCCACCAACCAAUCCUUCCGGAUCACCAUCCUGCCCCAGCAAUACCUGCGCCCGGUGGAGGACGUGGCCACCUCUCAGGACGACUGCUACAAGUUCGCCAUCUCCCAGUCCUCCACGGGCACCGUCAUGGGCGCCGUGAUCAUGGAGGGCUUCUACGUGGUGUUCGACCGCGCCCGCAAGCGCAUCGGCUUCGCCGUCAGCGCCUGCCACGUGCACGACGAGUUCCGGACGGCCGCGGUGGACGGGCCCUACCUGCACUCCAACAUGGAGGACUGCGGCUACAACAUCCCGCAGACGGACGAGUCCACCCUGAUGACCAUCGCCUACGUCAUGGCGGCCAUCUGCGCCCUCUUCAUGCUGCCCCUCUGCCUCAUGGUGUUCCAGUGGCGCUGCUUCCGCUGCCUGCGGCGGGACCAUGACGACUUUGCCGACGACAUCUCCUUGCUGAAGUGAUGGCAGAGCCUGGCGCAGCCCUGCAGGUGAGGCAGCAGGGCAGGGGCCUUGCUCCGGGGGCUGGAGUGUGGCAGCAGUGUGGGGAGCUCAGACCCUGUGCCCGGGGCCUGGGGACUCGGUGUCCAUCAGGGCCAGCAGCCAGGGGAGCCCCAGGCGCAUCCAUCCACCUGGGACCUGCAG